CUGAGCGCCGUGCGGGGCGGAAGUGGGGCCCGCGUCCGUCCGUCCGGAAUAGCCUUCCCCGGGCUGCCGGCCCGUAGCUGAGCCUGGGCCCGAUGAGCAAAGCGUGGCGCAGGGGGGGCGCCCCCGGCGGCAGGAUGGAGGGGGCCGAGGCGGGGGACCAGGACGAGUCCAGCGGGCACGGCUCCCACAAGAAGAAGCACAAGAAGCACAAGAAGAAGCACAAGAAGAGGCAUCACCAUGAGAACGUGGGGCCCAGCUUCUCCUCCCAGACCCUGGAGUCCAGCCCCUUGCUCCCCAAGCCCCAGCUCAAGCUCAAAAUCAAGCUGGGGGGGCAGAUCCUGGGCACCAAGAGCGUGCCGACCUUCACGGUGAUCCCCGAGGUGCUGCGCUCGCCUUCCCCCCUCAUGGUCGUGGACGACGAGGACGAGCCCAUGGAGGGGGUCCCCAUUGAGCAGUAUCGGGCCUGGCUGGAUGAAGACAGUAACCUGGACCCAUCGCCCCUGCCGGACCUGGACUCGGAGAGCUGCUUCCCCGCCCGCGAGGACGAGGAGGAGGAGCGCUGGCUGGAUGCGCUGGAGAAGGGCGAGCUGGACGACAAUGGCGAGCUCAAGAAGGAGGUGGAUGAGUCGCUGCUCACGGCCAGACAGAAAGCCCUCCUGCACAAGCAGCAGAGCCAGCCGCUCCUGGAGCUGCCCAUGGGCUACAAGGCGAAGGAGAUGACGGAGGAGAUGCUGGUGAAGCGGGAGGAGCGAGCCCGCAAGCGGCGCCUGCAGGCGGCCAAGAAGGCGGAGGAGAACAAGAACCAGACCAUCGAGCGCCUCACCAAGACCAACAAGGCCAAGGUGAAGACGCUGCGGGAGCGCAAGGCCAAGCAGGCCCCGUGCCCCAUGAUCCGCUACUGCAACGCCGCGGACCGGAUCACCGUGUCCUUCCCGCCCGGGGUCACGCUGCCGCUGCCGCCCUGCACGCCACCGCCCGUGCCUGCACCCACCACCUGCGGGGUCAGCGGCUGCCCCAACCGCAAGCGGUACUCCUGCUCGCGCACCGGCGUGCCCCUCUGCAGCUUCGCCUGCUACCAGAAGAACCUGCAGCUGCAGGAGGCGGUCGGCUAGGGCUCCUGGCGCUGACCCUGCUGCCAGGCUCCACCUCUGCAAGGGCCUGGCUGAAGAUCCCUGCGUCCCUCUGGGGAGGCCCAGGGGGGCCGUUCACGCUCCAUCAGCUCAGGACGCAGCCGCUGCCCUUGUGACUGCGAGCUGAGGACCCUGGCGUCCGGGACCCCUACUGGGACUGGCUCAUUCCCUGGGAGCUGAGUCAGGUCUGAGCCCAGAGUCGCUGCAGGGUUGGGCCUGUCUGCCCCAGGCCGGCACGGGGCCCCCAGAGCAGCUUAGGUGACUCCAUGCAGCCUGGCCUGCUCGUGUCUCUCCCUCCCUGGUGACGGGAGGGAUGGGAAAUGGCACAGGGCCGCGUGGAGUCUCCAGGCCCUGCCAGGAGGAGGCGUAUCCCGCCCUUAGGUGCGUGGCUGAGCUCUGCUGUGCUUGGGGGAGGGAGGAGCUUCUUCCAGCUGUCAGGGGCCGGGCCCCUACACUCCUCCGCCCCAGUGCAGGAGGGGUAAAUCAGCCAGCCCCAUUGGCUGGGGAGAAAGUCUCUGCUGGAUGUGCUCAGGGAGCCCCUCCCCCCAGGGCAGGUGCUGUGGGGCUGGGGGAGGCCCUCAGGGAUGUGGGUGGCCCCCCUGCUGCCACUCACGCUCAGUAGCUAUUGAUGUGGGGGGGGGCAGUUGAGUGGGGUCAAAGCGGAUGGAGGAGGUGGGGGGGCGUUUCUCCAGGGAGAGGGCUUUGGGCUGCCCCAGGACUGGCAGGGCUGCCUCCUCCUGGCCGAGCUGUGUCACUGCAGCUCUCCGGACCGCAGUGUUUGUGCGCGGGAAGUGGGAGUGUGGCUGGUGGGACGCUGCAGGGCCCCUUCGUGCCCUCCCCUCCGCUCUCCUUGGGGCCCAGGGACGCUCAUUACCUGUAACGUUCAUUAAACCCCACAGUACA